AUGAUGUUUCCCUUGGCUAGAAAUGCGUUAAGAAGUUUCAAGAUUCGAAGCAUUCAGCAAAUUAGGGCAAGACAGAGCCACAAAAAACACUCCCCAGAUUUUCAUGACAAAUAUGGUAAUGCUUUACUAGCCAGUGGAAUCACUUUCUGUGUUGUUGCAUGGAUAUUUGCAGCCACACAGAUUGGAAUAAAGUGGAACCUGUCCCCUGUUGGCAGAGUCACCCCAAAAGAGUGGAAUGACGACUAA